UUCUCAUGCUUUACGUUCAUAGACUUCUAUGUGUGUCAUACAAAAUGUAUUGUAACACAAUCGGUUACAAAUUGGGUUGCUAAUGUAAACGACAUUUAAAACAAUAUUUUUUCAAUACUGACAGAGGCAUUAUAAAUUGGGUUUUUAAUUUGAGUUUGUUACAAGGGUAGUUGUUUUCAUUUAAAACACGAAUAUGACUUGAAAAUGUAUGUAAAUGGUGAAAUAUUCAGUGAUUAACACUAAAGUAGUAAUUGAAAGUUAAAUUUCCAAUGGUCGUAAAAUCGUUCAAACGUUAUCAUUACAAAUGCAUGGAAAUUUUUCACGUUCAGACAGUGAAGGGGCCCUGAUGGACCUCUCAGACAAGGGGCUGACCCGGUUAGAGAUCCCUUCAGGGGCCAGCCCCGUGAUCCUGAUAGCGGACAGAAACAGCAUAACGCGCCUUGACACCCUUGAACACUUCCAGACCAUCAGACAGCUGUCUCUUAAAAGUAACCGACUGGUUCACAUGAGCGGAGUCAGCAAACUGCGACAACUAACUGUGCUGAAUCUCCCACAGAACAGCAUCGUAGCUAUAGAAGGUCUGCGUGAGCUGACACAGCUGGCAUGGCUGAAUCUGUCUGGAAACAGUAUCAAGGCGAUGGAGAAUUUGAGCAACAAUUUCCAGCUCAAGCACCUGGACCUGUCUGACAACAGCAUCACCUCCCUGGGCGACAUACACCACCUCAACAAUCUCAAGACACUACUUCUCCAUGGCAACAUGGUGACCAGUCUACGCACAGCUCCACAUUUCCUCCCCAAGUCCAUCAACAUCUUCUCAUUGGCGGAAAACGAGAUAUCUGACAUAAAUGAGGUUUCCUUUUUGUCGUGCCUACCAGACCUACAGCAGCUUUCUGUGAUGAACAACCCGUGUGUGCUGAUGACUGCGUCAGUACCAGAGUUUGAUCCAAGGCCUUUCAUAGUGAACUGGUGCCACAUGCUGGAGAUUCUAGAUGGAUACCCGGUCUCAGAGAAAGAACAACUGAAGGCUGAGUGGCUGUACAGCCAGGGCAAAGGUCACCAUUUCAAGGUCGGUCAGCACCUGGAGACUAUACAGUACCUGGCUGGGGUCUGUCCAUUCACUGCCUCUAUACAGUUAGAGUCAGCUGAAGACGCAAAGCUGAGUCAGAUCUUGUACAAGCAGCGUUAUCACCAGCAGCAGCUUCAGUUGGGGCAGCGCCAACAGAACUGGAACAUUCCUGCACAGUCACCCACUCAAGGUGACAUUUCCAAUCACUCAGAGACUGGUUCCCCUUCCCAAUCACAUCGCCCAGUCAGGGCCUGGACCGUGUCCGGAGGUGACACAUCAUUUGGGUCAGCACAUGUUCAUGGUCAAGGUCACCACUUGAAUGAUCUUUCAGUGCAAGAUGUCACCUCGGAAGAUUAUGACAAAAGGAGUGUAACAAGCAUGCUAGACUCUGAAUCCCAAUAUUUGCCCCUGGAGAAGUCCCCCGUGACUCCUGCCCGCCCCAUGACUGCUCCCAUUGGUCACGUCCUCUCCUCGCCCACAAUCCAGCACAUCUUCGACAAUAUACCCAGGGGAGACAAUCGCCCCGCAACAGCCAUCGGCGAUACAAAGUACGACUCCUACGAGAAGCGACUUGUAAAACCGAUGCAUCCAGACAUCUACAAGGGGAUAAAACCGCCUGAUUUUAAUGUGUCGCCGCCCCAGCAGUCCGGUACAGGACCUAGCGUAGGGACCAAAAAGAAAGUGCCGCCCACCGCUCAAGCCGUCGAUUGUGACACAAGUCAGGACACGUCGCAGGUGGAUGACGUGCCAAAGGAGAACGAAAACGUGCCUCCCGUGAGGGAGCUUAGUUUGAUUAAAGACGCUGCUGCGAAGAAAGCCCUUAAACAAAGUGCUGCUACCAACAGACCGAGAGCCGCAGAAAGUAGUGUAAAGAGUAAAGUGGUAGAGAAGAAAAAUGAUAAAACUGACUCCAAAAGUUCACAUUUACACUCAGGGAGUAAGGGGACCUCUAUACCGGUGGCGUCGAAGACGACAGUGUCGCGAACUCAUUCGGAAUAUGUACCGGGUAAAUAUAGCACAGCCCGUAGGCACGAUUAUGAAGAGCGCAAGGGUAAAACUAUAAAGUCCAUUCCGGAAAAGAUCAUGAGCACUGACAGGUUGAUCACGAGUGAUGCGAAACUUGAGCACGAGUCCAGUUUUCUGGACUCUGGGAUUUAUUCACGUCCUAACAGCGAUGCGGUGCUUGCUGAAGAUGUCAAAUACCUCCAAGCGGCCACUAAGAUUCAGAGUUUUUGGCGCGGGUACUUCGCAAGGGAACACAACGUUGACUGUGUGCGUGUAAGACGAGAAAUACGGGCCAGACGAGCGGAGGAACACAUCGUGGUGUUGCGGACUGAAUUGGAGAAACAAAGACGUCUGUAUGAGCAGGAGCGCCAGCUGAGGACUCUUCAAUUGGAGGCCAUAAGACAACUCUGGCGGGAGGUCCAGUCUCUACAAAGCUGGAAAUCAGAGGUCUUGCAGUCGCAGUCGUUCGUCACUCAGGAAAUGAAACGUGAGCACGAGUACAACUCGUACAACUCGAGUCUCGAGAUUCAGAACACGCUGGCCAGGGCAGAGCUGAUGAGCCACCGGAUGGGCGACCCCCUCACGGCCCAGAGUGCUCUCCUGGACUCACACAGGCAGAUGGAGCUAGAGAAGACGUGUGCUAAUCUUCAGUCACAGGUAAGCCAGUUGCAAGAAGCCCUGAAGUCUGUCUCCAGUAUUGUGCUCCACGGGGCUGUGGGCUCCACCCAGGGCUCCCUAGCAGGCUCUCUGCAGGCGACACCCCGGUCCACGUCUAGUCUGAACACCACCAGCAACACCACUGCCCAGAGAGCAGAUGAAGACGACAAGAUCAUGGUGACGGGCGAGUUUAGCGAUAUAGAAAUCUCUGAGUAUGAGUCUUUAACGGGCUCGCACUGGGUGCCGGUUCCCCACUCACUGUCCCCUUACCUGUCAGAGGAGGAGGAGGCAGAGGCGUACUUCCGUAGCGUCCCCCAGCCCGGAUUCCCGACCCCGCCCCGCGGACUGAAGCUAGAGAACCGAGGCCCCUCUGCUCUUGUACUGCGCUGGCAGGCUAGCAAGGUGCUUGACGGUGAGGGACGUGAGAUGAACAAGCCUAUAGAAGGUUACCGUGUGUUCGUGAACGACAAGGCCAAGGCAAAGAUAGCAGGCUCUAAGCUGAAAGCCCUUAUAGAAGGCUUGGAUCCGACAUUGACAUACAAGAUUUAUGUGAAGGCAGUUUCGGAGCUUGGAGAUUCCUAUUGUUCGGACGUUGUCAUGGCAUCCUUGUCCAAGGGCCCUCGACGACGAUCUACCAGCAGCGACAGCAACCGCUCCUACGAUAGCGACCAGGAGUCUACAGGGAGUGGACGGCGACCCUCGCACAGGAAGGAGUCAAGAAGGAGCAAGAAGUCCCCUCGAUCUGGUAAACACGAACGGAAAGAGAGUACGAAUUCGAGUAAAACUCACAGUCACAAAGAGACGGAGAGGCCUCCUUCGAAGAUGGAGUUGGAGGCGGAAGGUAUCAUGACUCAGCCUCGAGUUCAUAAGCACCGACGCACGCCUAGCAAAGACUUCCAAAACAAGGCUGGGGAGGAAAUUUUGCGUCCGAAGGAGACGCCUCAAAGUCCAGUCAUGCGGUCGCCAAAACUGCAGGCCCAAGAAUCACAGGGGUUUAGUUUUGAUAGUGCCAGUAAGCGGGAACAAGUGAGAGACACUAACCAAAGUUUAUCAUCAACAUUUACAGUUGAUAGCCAAAAUUCUGUUCUUUUUGCACUUAGUACUGGUGGGAAGUCUGUAGAUGUUGACAACAGUGUUGAGCCAAAGGAGGAACCUGUGAAAGGUCACCGAAGAAAAAAGAGCAAAGACAUGAAGAUAGAAAAGGUAGAAUCUCGAGGAGACAUUUCCGAUAGUUCUUCGUCAGUUUCCAGUGCAAUUAUUCAUAGUCGGACUAUCGAUGGUGAGAAAUACGUUAGUGGUAUGGAAAGCCCGUCAGGGAGACGACGAAGGUCCAAAGACAAUUCUCGUGAGGACAGUGAUACCGGAAGUGUCGCGCGCAGUGAUAGCAACAGCAAGCGCAACAGUGUUAACGUUAAGAUCAGUCCAACUGCCGGCAGUGCGGGGGUACCAGUAAUUGAUGGUCGAAAAAGGCAUAAUUCUGGUAGCAGACCUUCAAGUCCAGCUCUAAGUGAAGAUUCAAAAUCGUCACAGGCGACGGUGAUUGAAAAACGGCGGAUGCCAAUGGGUGAGUAUCUUGAGCAGAGGUUUUCUGGGCAGCGUCAGAGCACUGGAAGUACGGCAUCAUCAACAACAACGCUUACACAGAGUCAGGUAGACAGCAGUACAAGCGAUCUACCGCCGCAAAUACCGCGAAGGGACGGAAAGAAUUUCAGUUUGGAGAACCUGUCAACGAGGUCUUCACACGAUUACAACCGCAGUCCGACUGAGAAGUUUUCUCCAAACAGUUCAGAGACGAGGCAGAGAAGUAGAAAUAAUUCCACGUGUUCGGAUAGCGAUGCCCCCUCAUUUCAGUCUAGUGCGGCCCGCGCCAUUGAUAUGGAUGCACAAACUACGGCAACUGGGAUAGUGGCAAAACUGUUGACAAAGCUUCAGGGCUUUGCGAAAACUCAGGAAGAUGCUCUGAUCACCAGUAAAAUCAAGCGGAAAUCUGGAGAUCCUGAGGAACCUACCCGUAAAGCAAGUGCAGACAGUGACGGUAGUGCUGAAAUGCAGUCUGGUUCUUCCAAGCUGACAGAUUCUCCCGGUGCCCACACUGAUGACAGUCAACAUCACUCCAGGCCUGCCUACCGAACCCACAGAAGGACUUCAUCUGAUCACCGAGGAGUUCCUGUGAAGUCUCAAGCUGAUACCCCGCCCCCCUCAUCCAGCCACGCCCCUCUCCCCCACUCCCCCGUGAUCAGAGACUCCUGUAAGACCCCCACCCCCUCCAGUGCCCCAUCUACCACCAACAACAUCAAGCGCCAUGCAUCAUUUCACGGAAUAUUGCCCUCGAAGAAGGAGGACUUGGUACGCAGUGGAUCAACGGAAAAUUUAGCUGAAAAGAGUUCACAGUCCAUAAAGCAGCAAAACAUUGAUAUAACUGUGCCGACCACUCAGCCCCGACGAAGGAACCGAUCACGCUCACGUAGUCCCGCCAACCAUUCUCAUGUGCCUAUCAUAUCUGCCGCCCAGCUACAGAGAAGCAACAGAGUACCGUCCCAGGCGACCUGAUCUUUGGAGAAAAUAUUGUCAGCCAUUCUCAUACAGAGUACUGUCCCAGACCACCCUUGUGAAAAACAUUGUCAACCAUUCUGAUCUGCACGUUAAAAAUGUUGCCUAGUUUCAAGGAAAUAUGGGAAAUGUUGCCUAGUUACACUGAAAUAUUGAAAAUGUUGCAUAGUUACACGAAAAUAUGGAAAAUAUUGCCUAGUUGCACAGAAAUAUGGAAAAGGUUGCCUAAUUACAUUGAAAUAUGGAAAAUGUUACAUAGUUACACAGAAAUCUUCUGAUACUCGAUCGUUGGAAAAUACAUUGUCAGCCACUCUCAUGUACCUUUAGGAAAUGCUGCGUUGUUAAGCAGAAAUGAUCAGACACCUGAUAAUCUGACGAAGCACAGUUAGCCAUUCUCGGGUUUAUACUAUAAAUGCCACAGUUACAGAGAAAAAAAUGUUGCCAUUGCUCACGUGGCAAUUAUAUCUGAUGCCAAGUUACAAAGCCAUAUCCAGCAAUACAUGGCUACCUGAUCAUAGGGGAACAGGUCGCCUGUGUCAUAAUCAUCAAAAGAAGCAGUUUGUUGAACCCUUUACCACUGAGAUACGCAUAAUAGACGCUUUUGUAGUUCAUUAGAAAAUCAAAUUAAUUUUAAGACCUUUCGUGCUAGAUAAUAGUUUUAAAGACUUAAUUUCCAACCCUAAGAUAUAAGCAGCAACACAGCAUAAAAGCUGGACAGACUGCGAGAUACCUGCAGGCUGUUCUGGUUUAAUGCUGGUUGCAUAUAGCCAUCGUCACUUUGCUUCUGAGCGGGAAAAGGGCUAAGCAAGUCAGAAAUCUGUCAUUAUUGUUUGAGAAAACGCGAGUGUAACAAGCAUGUCUAUACAACUCUGAGAACCCGGUGAAAAACUCACCAUGAAGUACAGAGCUAAUGGGCUUGGGCUCAUUUCACUCAAUGCAAAUCUACGAUGCAGUUACCGUGACGAUAUGUACGAUGCAGUUACCGUGGCGAUAUCUACGAAACAGUUGAGCUAUAUUUUGAGAAAACUGGGCUUAAUGCAUGUGGGGAAAGUGUUGUCCCAGUUUAGCCUGUGAAGACUGCACAGGCUUAUCUGGGACGACUUUUGACACUCGUGCAUUAAGCCCAGUUUUCUUAGAACGCUCCUCAUUUGUUCUUUCCUUACCAGUUUUCGCGUCUUUUCUCUCAGGCACAUUGCACAGUUGCAGAGAAGUUAGCUUGUUCCAUUUUCAUGUGCCAGAGCUCUGCUUUGGACUGCUUUGUUGGCUGUUUCCAUUUGUAUCUUAGGAAUAUUUAUACAGUACAUUCCAUUUUGUUAUGUCAAAGUUAUCCAAGUAAUUUGAAAUCCUACACAUUGUUUGCUUUUAUGAUGUAGUUGAAUAUUGUUACAAAGAAAUGAACAAAUUCAUGUGAUUAUUCCAGUCAGUUUAUAUUUGCAAAGGGGAAUCAUUAUUGUCUGUUUAAAAGUACAGUAGUAUUGUCUGUUUAAUGAAUUAUACAAUUUAAAUGUCUUACCCGUAUGAACCAAUACUGGUACAUUGUGAAUAGUAAUACCUGUCUUUGUUUGAAAAUGUAAUUUUAAAAAAUAAUUAUAAUUAUGUACGGUUUAGUUCUUUAAUAUAAAAUCUGUACACAUUCCAUUCCAGUCAAGAAAAUUAAGCAUACAAUGAUUUGAAAGCCUUUUAGGGUAUGUUCCGUGGAAUGAUUAAAUGUAUGGUUAAAACAUUGAAUAAUUGAACAAAUAUUUGUAAAGCCUUUCUGCACUUAUUUGGUUAUUUAAUAGUUUUUAUGUCAAGUAUUUUUUGUUAGUUCUUGUUUAAAACCAUUUAGAGGGGGAUAUUUUGGUGUUAUUUUAUGUUGUUGUGUUUGAGAACAUAUAUUUCCUGGUUAUGUUCUUUAUCAUUUCGUUCUAAAUUGCAUUUUGAUCAGCUUUUUAGCAGCUGAGCAUUUAAUGUUGUGUUCAUGCUAUAUUUACAGAAUGUUCAAUUACUCAUGUGUGUAUAGAUGUUGUGCUGUUAUUAGAUGUUGUAGCAAGUUGUAGGUGAAUUUGUUAACAUUUUGUUAGAGAUUGCAGAGUCAUUUACAAUAUUGCUGAAGAUAUUAUAUCAAGGUUUUUACAAUCUUUUGACAUGUGUUGAUAGAUUUUUCCUUUAAAGUUUAUUUUCCUGUAAGAAAAAGAAUCCUUGUUUGUGAUGCUUAAUAAGGCAGACUGAUAAAGUCUUCGGCUGUUAAUAAUUGUGAAAACAGUGAAUGAAGUGGAAACAUUUAUGUGAAAUCUAAUAUGCUAAUAUUAGCAUAAAACAGAUUCAGGAUUGGCAUAACAGGCUGGGAAAACGGGCUCUAAUGCAUGUGCACAAAGUAUGGACCUUGAAUAGCCUGUGUAGUCUGCAUAUGCCACUCAGGGACUACCUUUGCUGAUUUUUUGGUAUUUUUCAUUUAAAAAAGUCUCUUCUUAGCGAAAAUUCAGUCUAUGCAGAAUGUUGGCCCUGAUCAGCCUGCAUAGUCUAAUCUGGGUCGACAUUUGAUGCACAUGCAUUAAACCUUGUUUUUCCAGAACUCAAGGCACACAUGUCUCUUUCAAGUCUGGAGUUCCCAUAUACCAUAUAUUCCCUUAUAGAUACCCACGCCCUUAGAAGAAAAGACAAACAAACCAAACAAUAUGUUAAAUGCUAUAUGUGUAGAGGAUUAAGAUAUGAACAAAAAGCAUGUGAUAAAUUUUGGCGAGAUGAACAAUUAUAAUCACUACACAACUUUGUGAUAUUUCUUUGCUGUGAUAUUGUAAUAUGCCUUGUCCAUGUGCAAAUUUCAGCUGCUUCAGCUGCAGAUCUUAAGUUUUACAAUAUUAUUUCCUAUUAUUUAUAAUAGAUGAAAGGGCAUUUUUGUUCUUUCUACUAUUGCCAAAUAUAAUUGCUGUUUGUAGGGGUUUUCCUAUUCUUUUAAAACGGCUGUAAAAUGGACCCAUGCUUAUUUAUGAUAAAAUCCAGCGUUUGAUAAUUCAGAUUUAAAGUAGAUUCUUAAAUACUGAUACCCUUUUUCUCCACACUAGAAAAAUCACGCCUCUCACAAACUGGAAUUAAGGAUACGAGAUAAAAUAGUAAUAGUAUUAUCAAAUCUGGAUAAACGCCAAUUUCUGUAUAAAUUAAAGAAGCCUAUCUGAGAUACGAGAAAUGUACAUAGUCGUUAUUAUUUCAACCUUGUCAGGUAUUAUUCUGGCAUCAUGACAUCAUUCUGUGAAUAUUAUAUUAAGUAGAUACGAAAGUGUGAUGCCAGGGGUUGUUCUAAAUUAACAGAGUAAAUACUGAAACAAACAAUAAAUAGUACUAUAGACAUAAACAAAUGCCUAGUUUAAUGCAUGUUAAAACAAAUGUUUUAUAAAUGCAAAUAAAAAGUUAAAUGUGUCAUUAUUAUUUGGUAAAAAAGGACAAUUUUUAUCCAUCAAAAAAAAUUCCCAAUUUUUUUUUAAUUUUAAUUGCGAGGAAUACCUGUUUUGUUUACUUUGUACUUUUGAUAAACAAUAGCUCAAAUGAAUAUCCUGGCUGUUUGGAUGUGAUCUAAAUGAAAAUUUAACAUAAACCGUCAACAUACAGUCGACCAUUAAGUAAAAAAUAAGUCAGUAUUUUUAUAUUAACGAAUCUGUCUGAAAUUAGGUUAUAUUUCGUGUUAUAUAUUUUUAUCAACUGGUUGUAAGUUGUUAUUGCUUCAUGUAUAAAAACUAUUUUGGUACAGGGCGUAUUGUUUUCUAUCACUUGUUAUAUUAAACCAAACAAGUUUUUUAUUUAUGUCAUAUGUUUCAUUCAAUAUAUUGUAUCAUGCAUCGAUACUCACACUUGUAAAAUAUUUCAUUCUUUUAUUUCCAUGUAUAUAAGCCAUAUUCCAUUUUUAAAACAUAAAUGCUAUAAUAAAAUGCAGAAAAGGGGAA